AUGCGCUAUGUCCCGAUCGAAUAUGGUCAACGUCUUUUUCGCCUAUUCAUGGUAAACGUCUUUCCCACUUUGCCUGUUCUGUCCAGGACGGACCUGGGCCUCGGCCCAGAGAAUUCAAUUCCGGAAAGGAGCAUCCUGAACAAAAUCCCGACACAUCUUCUGGCCGCCAUCUACGGAUCUGCGCUUCCUUUCGCCUCUGAAGAAGACCACCUCUUAAUGUUUGUCCUAUUCGAGAAACCUUCCGUGUCGGAUAUUUGGCGAAUCGUUUAUCGAUUAAUUAUGGAAGAAGUCCACACCCCGAGGCUAUCUGUAAUGCAGGCUGCCGUAUUAUAUCUCCAUAAAUCGAAGAAAGAUGAUCAAAGUUAUCCGGUGGCAGACACUCCUUUCACUUGGUCAUUUAUGGGGCUUGUCGUUGGAUUGGCCCAUUCUCUUGGACUUCAGCUUGAAUGCGGGAUGUUUGGGCUGCCGGCUUGGGAGAAGAGGCUGCGAAGGCGACUCUGGUGGGCAUUGUACAUUGAGGAUAAGUUUCUGUCCCUAAUGCUGGGGAAGCCACCCUAUCUUCGCUCUUCAGAAUGGGAUGUGGUGGAGCUCAGUGAUGAUGAUUUCGUAAUAACACCACAGCCUCUCGUGCCGGUAGCUAACUUGAAGCUACCAUUUCGCGAUAUGGCUCGCUUGGCAGUCAUUGCCGAAGCAGUGCAGGAGAAGUUGUACUCUCUGAGGGCCAGCCAAAUGUUGGCCCAUGAAAUGGCCUUGUCUGUCGAGACAGCGAGGCCCAUCUUUCGGAGUCUGACAAGUUGGCGCGAGUCCCUUCCCUUGGCAUCAGCAACUGGUCAUAUUCUUCACGACACAAUCUCAGGAACACCAUCUCCAUAUCCGGCAACAAUAUACAACGCUUAUCUUAUUCUAGUUGCAUGCGUAUGGAGAGCAAUUCUCCGGACGACGGUCAAAUCGUCGGAACCAGCACAGAUUAUACAUGUCGAUGACCCAGCAGAUGCCACUGUUGCAUUCCUUAAUGAUCUUCGAUGGGAGUUCCAUCAUCUUCCAGAAAUGGACUUCCGAUUGGAUCACGGACAUAGAGAGAAUGGUACAAUGGUGGGUGAGUUGUAUGAGGCAUCAUUGGGUUGCGCAGACACGUUGGUCGAUUUUGUGUCAAAUCUUGCCGCGCCCUCCUUUGGUGAAUUUUGGCACUCAUGUAAGGAAAAUAGCCCUAAGUCCUAUUAA